ACCCACCAACCGACCAACGACCCCACCAACUCUAAAACUCGAACCAUAAAUGCCACUCCCGAGCCCCCUCAAUCCACCUAAUAUGAUGUACUCGAAAUGCAAGCCCCCCUCUCGUCCGAUCGAAAAAUGGCUAUUAAAGCUUUGCCAAAAUAUUUGCAGAGGGAAGUGAACGAGGCGUUAGAGGGAUUGAAUCUAGAAGAGCAGGUUUCGUUACUCUCUGGAGCAGACUUCUGGAGAACUGUAGAGAUCCAGGGCCGGGUUGCUGGGAUCAAGACUACAGAUGGACCCAGUGGAGCUCGGGGGCAGUUUUUUUCUAAUGGGACAAAGGUUCUCUUGCGCCCUCCCUGGUAUUGACUUUGUUGGGGAACUGAUGGUGGAUAAUAACAAAACAGGCAGCAUUCUUCCCCUGUGGGGUCUCCCUCGCGGCAACCUGGGACACCAGCUUAAUCCAUCAAAUCGGUAAAGCCCUCGGUGAAGAGGCCCAAAGCAAGCAGGCAAACGUCCUCCUCGCCCCGACAGUAUGUAAUCACAGGUCCCCGCUCGGGGGGCGCAACUUCGAAUCCUUCUCCGAGGACCCGUAUCUAUCCGGGAAACUAGCUGCGGCGUAUGUGAAUGGCGUGCAGUCCAGGGGUGUGGCCGUCACCAUGAAGCAUUUUGUCGCUAACGAGCAAGAGACGAAGAGGUUUACCGUCAAUGAGAUUAUUGAAGAGAGGACACUGAGGGAGAUUUACUUGAAGCCAUUUGAGAUUGCCAUGAGGGAUGCAGGGCCUUGGGCGAUUAUGUGCUCUUAUAAUGCUAUUAAUGGGGUGAGCUCUUUGAUUUCGGCCAUAUCGGGUGAGUGUUAACAGGAAUUAUAGCAACAUGCGGACGUCAACGACCUCACCAUGAAGCAAAUUCUUCGGAAAGAAUGGGGGUAUGACGGGUUAGUAAUGUCCGACUGGGGUGGAACUCACGACACCGUCGAUUCCAUCAAAUCUGGACUAGACCUAGAAAUGCCUGGCCCAGCCCACCGCCGUGGACAGAGCCUCCUCAAGGCAAUCAAGGAAUCAAACAACGACCCCGAACUCCUCGCAGCUGUCAAGACCGGAGCCCGGCAUGUCCUAGAGCUCAUCGCGAGAACCGGCAAGUGGGGACGUUUCGGGGAGGAACCAGAGAGUGCGAACGACAAGCCAGAGCAUCGAGCGCUAAUUCGAAAAGCUGGCACUGAAGGGAUCGUCCUUCUCAAGAACGAGAACAACGCCCUUCCCAUCCCGACAUCCGUCAAGAAGAUAGCCUGGAUAGGCCCCAACGCGAAUGAGUGUAUUGCUGGGGGUGGUGGAUCCGCAAACUUAAACCCCCACUACCUCACCAAUCCCCUUGACUCCAUACGGGGAGCCGUGAAAGAGCACAACAUAGAAGUGAAUUACGAAAUCGGCUGUCAGACCGAAAAAUGGGUAAAGGCAUUCCCCAUCACCGAAGGCGGAGUAAAAACCUCCCCGGCGAGGGGCGAAGACGGCAUGAUCCUCGAAUUCUUCGAAGGCCGUAGAUGUCAGGGCGAGGUGGCAGAAGCCAGGAUAAUGAAAACCUCCACCAUUUUCCUCGUGGACGGGAAACCCGCCUCCCUGGGAGACAAGGACUACAGCGUCCGAUUAACAGCCUUCCUCACCCCGCAAGUCUCCGGAGAACACAUCCUAGGACUCGGCGCCGUCGGUCCAACCAAGGUAUACCUAAACAACGAGCUCUUCCUGGACCACACUCACUGGGCGACAACCGGGGAGCUCUUCUUCACCUCGGGUUCCGAAGAGGUAACCAAGAAAGUAGUCCUCCAAGCAGGCGAAUGGUACAAGAUCGUCGCCGAGUCAACCACCAAAUCCCCCGACCAGAAACUCCCAGACAUGGACAACGACAGCCUCGAUUUCGCAUCCGCUGUCGGGAUCCGCCUGGGCCUUGACCUCGUCCGCGACAUGCAAGAGUACAUCUCUCGAGCCGCGGCUCUCGCUAGCGAAUCUGACGUGGCGGUGGUAGUGGUCGGCAUGAACAACGAGUGGGAAUCGGAAGGCUAUGACAGACACAGCAUGGAUCUGCCGGGGAGGCAAAAUGAGUUAAUCUCCGCCGUCGCAAAAGUUAACCCGCAAACCAUCAUCGUGAAUCAGUCCGGGUGCGCUGUGAGCAUGCCAUGGCUAGAGGAGGUGCAGGGUCUGCUACAAGUCUGGUAUCAAGGACAGGAAUCCGGGAACGCGCUUGCGAACGUCCUACUCGGGAAGAAAGCACCGGGGGGCAGACUCCCGAUCAGCUUCCCCAAAAGAGUGGAGGACAACCCCUCCUGGGGCAACUUCGGUGACGGCGCCACGAAGAGCGAAAUACAGUAUAGCGAGGGCGUAUUCGUCGGGUACAGACACUACACUUCUCGAGACAUCCCAGUACUCUUCCCCUUUGGCUUCGGCCUCUCAUACACCACUUUCUCCAUCUCCUUGGUGGGAUUCACAGGGGGUAAAAACACGCUUGCACCAGGCACCACUGCAACGGUCGAAAUGGCCAUCAAGAAUACCGGAAAAGUCACCAGCAGCGAGACAGUACAGGUUUACAUAUCGCCCAGAACCGGAUCCUCUGCGGAAAGGCCCGCCAUGGAACUCAUGGGCUUUGCGAAAGCAGAGUUACAGCCUAGAGAAGAGAAGUUUGUGAAGGUUGAGCUGGAUGAGUUUGCUGUUGGAUAUUUUGAAAUGAGUGUCGGCAAGUGGAGGGCUGAGAGGGGGGUCUACGAAGUUAGUGUAGGGAGGAGUGUGGAGGAUGUGAUACUGAAGUUGGAGGUAAUUGUUGAGGAGACGUAUGAGUGGAUUUUUUAGUUAAAGGGAGAGGGGGAUGUAAAAUAGUUCCUCUGGUAUCAGGUAAUCUUUAUGCAUUGCGUAUGUGUAUACAUGUAUGUGUGCAAGAAUAGAAAGGCUGCGAAGCCCCGCCUGUACCUUGGUUCCCCAGGACCCAGCGCAUCAUUGUUUGUCACUCGCUAUUUCUAUCGCUGCGAACAUCCCAGUUUACUUCGCGCACCAGGUCGCUGGUCCCCUGCUCCCACGGAACUCACCGACAGGUACACUCCCUUAACCCAACGCCCCCAGUUUGCUCCGCUAGCCCCCAAUUUCCAAAUACUCCAACGCGUGCGCCGGCGCCAAAUCCUACCCCGCGAGAACCGAAAACAGUGGACUCCUAGUGAAAAUUAG